GCAAGGAAGGAGGCGGUGAAGUGUAUACAAUGGAAAAUCGCACGCAAUAAGUGUAUUUUUUUGGUAUCGUGCACGUCUGCUUUUCAUUAAUUCGUAAUUUGUAUAGUUUCUUAGCUCAUAAAAGCGUGUCUUCAAUUCACUGUGUCUCUACGAGUGAUUAGAAGAGUCCCCCAAAUAGCGAGGAUGUUGGUCCCCGCGGGAAGAUAAUGAAGAGGUUGCGCGUUUUGUUGGUGUGCCUCAUUGUAGCUCUCCUGUGCUGGUACCCUAGUUGUCAUGUUUAUUGUUCAGAGCGGAGUUUGUCUGAUCCAGGUCAGUCUGCCGGGGACAGAGAUCGUCAUGGCUACAACCAGGAGCAGGACUCCAUGCAGAACAAGGUGGUGGAAGAAUGGUCGGCACACACAUCGUACGAUGUGGUACUUGAGACGGAGAGGGCAUCAGCACUAGAGCUGCUGCCACCACCCAAAACACAUCAUGAAAAUAAUGAACAGACUGUGAAUCCAAAGGAGGCUGGAUUGGAGGAGGUCUUUCUGGACCCAGAGACUGAUCCUGUACCUGCUGCUCCUGAGCCAGAACCCCAAACAAACCCUGGGGCUGAGCUGCUCCCCCAGACUGACGGCCAGGAUCAGGACCUGGACUGGCCAGCUCCUGACUCAUUCACCUCCACUCCUGCUCCCAUCCCAGCCCAGGGCCAGGCCUUCACAGAUCCCCCUGCUUUGGCUCCAGCCCCAGAGAUCCCACAUGGUGAUGUUCCUGCUCCAGAGCCCAUCCCGGACUCAGCCCCUGCCCUCUCCGCAGAUGAAACCCGACACAAACCUACCUCACACAGUGCCAGCCCAGCCCACACAGGUGUGGAAGUAGCUGACAUAGAGAGCCCCCAGCCUGAGGAAGGCCAGGCCUCCGGAUCAGAAGCAGAGCUGCAGUCCUCUCUGGGCCCAGUGGACCAGGAGCUGCGGCAGAAGAAGGACCAUGGGCUGUCAGAUAUGGACAAGGUGGACAACACCACCCAAAGCUACCAAGAACAGCAGGCAGUGGAUGCCAGUGUUGGCAGGGAGACAGACCCCUCAGUGCCCAGCAAAGAGGACAUCCCCACCUUUGAUGAAUGGAAGAAACAAGUCAUGGAAGUGGAGAAGGAGAAGAGUCAGUCCCUCCACACCUCCACCAAUGGUAGCCCCCAACCUGUAAAGAAGGUUCAGAAGAACUUCAAGAACAACUAUGCCUCUGUGGAGUGCGGUGCCAAGAUACUCUCAGCUAACAAUGAGGCCAAGAGUACUUCAGCUAUUCUUAUGGAGAAUAUGGACCUUUAUAUGUUAAAUCCUUGCAGCAACAAAAUCUGGUUUGUGAUAGAGCUCUGUGAGCCAAUUCAAGUGAAGCAACUGGACAUUGCAAACUUUGAACUUUUCUCGUCCACACCUAAAGACUUCCUCGUGUCCAUCAGUGACAGGUAUCCUACCAACAAGUGGGUAAAGCUGGGUACAUUCCAUGCCCGUGAUGAACGCACAGUCCAGAGCUUCCCAUUGGACGAACAGCUUUACGCCAAAUACGUGAAAAUGUUCAUCAAGUACAUAAAGGUUGAACUUCUCUCCCAUUUUGGAUCAGAACACUUUUGUCCCCUCAGUCUGAUCAGGGUGUUUGGCACGAGUAUGGUGGAGGAAUAUGAGGAGAUAGCUGAUUCCCAGUACCCAUCAGAAAGACUGGAGUAUCUGGAUGAGGACUAUGACUACCCACCUGGCUACCAACCACCUGAGGAUAAAGCAUCUAAGAACCUGCUUGGCUCAGCUACCAACGCCAUUUUGAACAUGGUCAACAACAUUGCUGCUAAUGUGCUGGGGGGAAAGCCAGAGCUGGAGGGUGAAGCCCACUCUGAAGCCAAUGCUACAGAAGAGACUCAGAAUGAAACUGAGGGGAGCACAGAAGUUCUGCUCACACCCACCACCACCCUCAGCAGCUCCAUGAUAUUGGAGAUGACAGAGUCAGUGCAUCCUGUUUCCCCAGAGGACUCCGAGGGGUCUAGAGACUCUUCUACACCUUCCUCUUUAUCACCAGACUCACCGGAGGACAGAAGGAUUGUCACUCUGGUUGAGGACGACGAUAACGAAGAGCCCAGGCAGUCCACAGUCAUGCUGAUGGAGGGAGAGGAGGAGGAGGAGGAAGAGGAGAGAGAGGAGCAGAUGAGGAGGGAGGCAAGGAAGAGACGGAGGGAGAGUCAGGUGUACUGUCCUCUCUCCUCCUUUUCCAUCUCCCAGUCCUGCAUGGCCACCCUGCCAGAGCUGCUCCACUGCUGGUGCUCAGCCAAGCUAGCCAAAGUAAGACAGCGCAGCCUCCAACGCAGACAACUGAAUGCUCAGACACAGACACAACUGGACAUACACACACCUGCCCUGACGCACACACCUCCACAGAUCCUUGUCCCUGUGCCCCCCAUCCAAGAACCCCCUCCCCUUACAGAGAAGCUUUCAGAGCCCGAGAUGCCUUUGCAGGCUCAGAAUGAGGGCAAACUUUCUGCAGAGCCCCACAGCUUGCACACACACCCCAGCACCCACAUCCCUGACACGCACACUACGGAGCCCCAGAUCCUUCUGGAGCCGAGUAGAACCUCCACCAUCACUCCUCACAGUUUCUCCCACACCUCCUUGACCCGGCCCACGCCCACCCAGGAAGAGAGGGUGUUACCUCCCAUCAAAGAUGCAGCUCUGGACCUUGUCUCCCCUCCAACUUUCCAAAGGGUCCCUGUCCCAGAGACGCAGGUUAGUGGUAGCACCCCUACCCCCAGCCCUAGCCUUACCUCUCCCCUGCAGCAUCUGUCCCUUGAGACCGCCUCUCCCUACCUAAAUCUCCUUGUUCCCUCUGGCAAGGAGCAGCCUCUCCCCACGGCCUCCAAAUCCACAGACAUGAUCACUCCACCUACUGAGCUGCCAACAGCUCCCCCGCUGGAUGACACCCAUUCAGACGCAGUAAGGCUGGGAACAGAUGGCGGGGACUUGCAGAGGCACAACCUCCAGGCCUCCCAGACCCACAGGGAACAGAGUGAAUCCCUCAUCCAGGUUGUAGAGCACCAUCGUGGGGAAGACCUGGUAGAUGAGCUCCUCCUAAGUACCAAUGGCAAUGGGAAUAUCCACCGGACGGCCACAGACUUUUAUGCUGAGCUGCAGAGUGCAGGCGAGUUCGGUGGCGGGGGAGUGAAUGGAAAUGGAGCACUACUAAAUGGGGGCACGGUGCAUAGCUCCAGCCAGAAGGAGAGUGUGUUCAUGAGGCUGAACAACAGGAUCAAAGCCUUGGAAAUGAACAUGAGCUUGUCCAGUAGAUACCUGGAGGAACUCAGUCAGAGGUAUCGUAAACAGAUGGAAGAGAUGCAGAGAGCAUUCAACAAGACCAUCAUUAAACUGCAAAACACGUCACGUAUUGCUGAGGAGCAGGACCAGAAGCAAACGGACUCUAUACAAGUUCAACAAAGCCAGCUGGAGAAUGUCACCAGGCUGAUGCUCAAUCUCACCAUUACAGUCACCCAGUUGCAGAGAGAGGUAUCUGACCGUCAGACUUACCUGGUGAUGUCCUUGAUUCUCUGCCUCUCUCUGGGCCUGCUGUUGUGUCUGCAGUGUUGUCGCAGCUCUUAUCCCAACAAUAAGAUCAGCCCUGCUGCCCUGCCCAAGACCAAUUGCUACCCUAGCCCCAAGAGGUGCUUCUCCUCUUAUGACGAUAUGAGCCUAAAGCGCAGGGGGACCUGUCCACUUAUUCGCUGCAAGUCCUUCCAACUGUCUUCAACAGAAGUAGGUCCAGAUGACUUGUACAUUGUAGAACCUCUAAGGUUUUCUCCAGAGAAAAAGAAAAAGCGCUGCAAGACGAAGUCGGCGGACAAGGUUGAAACUGUGAAAGCGUCUGACCCGUCCGUUGCACUCACCAAUGGGGUUCUCAAGUGUAACGGCUUUCACCCCUGCUUGCCGCCCCUGCCUCCUCCACCCCCUCCUCCCACUGCACCAGCCCCCCCUCCCCCUCCCCCACCUCUGCCUCCACUUCUCCCUCCCUCCGUGGAGGAGGUUUUGUCACCGUCCUCCUCCUGCUCCUCCAAGGAGUUGCCCUUGGAGACCAGCAGCUGUGGCUCGUCCACCCACUCUGAGGAGUUAUACUCCAGCCACUUUCCCCCUUCCUCCCCCCUCUUGUCCUCCUCGGGCCUCUGCAAUGGCCAUACCCUGCCCUUUGCCCUCCACCAGCCUUCCUAUGCUAAGUCCCGCCAGGAGAAGCGCUCGGUGAAGCGCCGCAAGUCGCGGCAGGCAGAGCUGCGGUUUUCCUCCGUGCCAGGGAGAGGGGUGGCUUCUCUGCCCAGCCUGCAGCAGCUGAUCAAGGGAAACGAGGAGAUCAGUGUCGGGACCAUAGGAGUGACAGCCGUCACUGGACACGUCUGAACAUGCACAUUAGUGUCACAUUCAACCUUUGAGCGGGUCACGGUCACUUGUACACAACCUUGUAUUCAUACACAUAUACAGCCCAUGCCGGGCAAUUUUCCAUUAGCACAGGUAGGAGAUGAGCAUUCGAAGGACCACAUUUCCCAUGAGCAUCCUUGUGCCACAUGGAAAUUAAUUUGUCACAGCCACUGCAACUCUGCAAUUAUUUGCCCCCCUCUCUCACAGAAGAAAGUUACUCCCCCUUUUCACUCCCCUUAUCAGAGACCUGUUUAUGGUAAUGUGCCUUUUUAUGUGUUCUAGAGCUUUUAGUGAUGAAAACCGUAAAGUGAAAGAUUUUUUUUUCUCAAGUGAGAAAGACACUACAGUGAUGAGCGACAUAUAUACAUACAAAUCAAACCCAUUAAAGUGUGGAUGAGCUGUUUUCUACUGGACAAGCACAUUGUUCCAUCUGAGUUGUGAACCAGUGGCUCGAGUCCCUUUAACAGCGCAGUGAGGAGAGGUGCAUGCUGGGUUGUGCCUCAACUCUAGUCCCCUGCUUCCUCAGGGGGGCCUCAAGAAGUAUGAAUCUGCUCCUUUGGAUGAAACGUGUUGUUCUGAAAGAAACGUAGAGCAUAAAAGCAUUACUUUCGCUUACUCAUUCCCGUCAGUCUCUAAUUUCCUUCAUUUCAUUCAUGCUGUCUUUUGUUUCUACCUAACACUGCUGUAGUUGUUACAUGUAAUGGGACCAGAUCAUCAGCCUUUCAGGUAUGUCAGGCCCAGUCUCUUCGUUUCUGCCCCCUCUCACUCUCUCUCCUGAUCAAGCCAGUCUACUUCAAACCAACCAGCAGAGCUAAAUGAAGAAACAGUGUGUGUGGGGUUCAUCAGAGUGACUGUAUUUGUCCAGUGUAAUGUCUUGUUUUGGACUCCAUUAUGAAUAUAAUAGAGGCAAGCUUAAAAUCCUGCUAGUUUACAAUCAGAUGCUCCUUUUACCCUUUACUCUUGCAGUUUGGGCUGGACCUGAGAUAAAAUGGAGGGGAAAAAAAGCCAACCAUCUUGCAUAUGAGCACCUGUAAAUACUCAAAAUACAUGCACACAACACUUAGAAAAGUGAGUCAGUGUAACGUUCAAGUUAAACAUAACAGUGAAGCAGUUUCUUCUUAUUAUUUUUUGUGUUUUUGCAAUGUUUGCAUCUGUAAAUGAGCAGUGCUCCUUGCUGAUGGUUGUUCAGAAGUCAGAUUUAAUUUCAGCACACUAUUUAUGAAUGGAAUCAAUUCCCUUUGGGGGCACAUGUAGGGGCCUCGCCAAAUGUUUACAGUAUGUCACACACACCUCAGACCCCACAGAGGACACCGAGAGAUCAGUUUUAUUUAUCUAUUUAUUUAUUUAAAUGCCUCCACAGAUUUAUCCCUCGGAUUCACUGUCUAGUACAGGCCCUGGCCUCUCAUGUUUCCCCAAGAGUCUUGGGAGUGUGUCCAUACAUGUGUCGUAUAGAAAUAAUGCAAUAAAGUGCACUAGAUGGUA